CCUAUUCCUACAGAAAAAAAUUUCGUCGAUGAUGGAGAUAAUGUCAGUUGAACAACUGGAGGCCUCAAAAGAGAUGCGGUACUUAAGGGCUUGGACGCUGGAGGGACGGAGUUGCCUUCAUGCCCUUACGACUCUCUUCGAGUUGCAACAAAUCACCGCUUGCACAUAUAAGCAUCAGUGGCCUACUGUCACCUUUCUCUCUCUCUCUCUCUCUCUCUCUCUCUCUCUCUCUCUCUAUCUCUUAUUUAUCUCAAUCGAACAUUCUGGGUAGCUUUUUGCGAUCCUAUCUAUUAGUUUUUAUUCUCCUUGUCCUUCGCGUUAGCCACGAUUGUCCCUCUGGAAGACGCAGACUUCACAUCCUUUAGCGACGGGAGUGACAGAAGCCAACAUAUAAUUGCCAAACCAUCGUUCAAUAUCAAUCGGAAUCGAAAUCAAUACAUUUUGGCGAAACGCUUGAAGACACUUAGAAGGAAAGAGCAUAAGUGACGCACUAUGACAGCGACAUCUACCGCCGAGCUAGCCAUCUAUGCUACUCUCAGCAUCCCAAAUAUAUACAUCCUGUUAAAACAUGGUCGCUCUGGGUUGCUUGGAUGGGCUUACCUCCUCGCAUUCUGUACGCUUCGUAUCGUUGGGGGUGCUAUGGAUCUGUCUGGCAGUACUUCAGCAGGCAUUAUAUCAAGCGUUGGCUUAUCUCCUCUUCUCCUUGCUGCGUCUGGCAUUCUACAAGAAGCGAGGGCUUAUUAUAGUGACCCAUUGUCUAAGAAGAUGAAAUGGGCCGCUGUGCUAGUAUUUCAUGGGAUUGUUACUACCGGGGUUGCUCUUCUGGCUGUUGGUGCUUCAAAUCUGGAUUCUAGUGACGCCAAAUCUUCAGAUGCUUCCACGAAUGCUUCUUUGGUGAAAGUUGGUAUAGCUCUAUUGACGCUCUCUUGGGCGAUUAUUGCUAUUGUAUCAGUAUGGACACUUGCUCGUCCUGCAACUUGUUCAAAGUCAAAAUCGGCUACUGCUGCAGGAACUAAACUUCUCUGGUCUGUUCUUGUAUCGAAUGUUUUUAGUGGCAUUAGGGUCAUCUAUGCCCUCGUUGCGCUGGUCACACAAGACAAGUCUCUGAGCCUUCUAACAGGCUCUCUCACAAUCCGUGUCAUCUUAUCUCUGAUCCCAGAGUUGAUUAGUGUACUGGCUUUCAUAACAGCUGGACUCUUCACGCGAAAUGCUGCUCGAGAUUCCCUGAAGGCAAAAAGGGCCCCAGGUAGGAAUGGGCGAACGGGCGCAGAGAUUUAG